UGGCAGGCACCGAGUCUGACUGUGGAAUUCUGGGCUCUGCUGUUUUGUUGCGGCAGUUAUGAAAAUGGUAACACUUGUCCGAAGGUUUUUGCCCCAAAACCCCACACCACUCCGGUCCUACUGUUCUUCGCCGUCCUCCCCUUCUCCCGCCACUAGCAAGCUAUUCGUUGGAGGUCUCUCAUGGGCAGCGGACGAGAAAUCUUUGAAGGACGCUUUCUCUUUCUUUGGAGAGGUAACGGAAGUGAGGAUCAUGUAUGACAAAGACACUGGGAGAUCAAGAGGAUUUGGUUUUGUGUAUUUCUUAAAGGAUAAUGAUGCAAAGUGUGCCAAAGAUGCUAUGGAUGGAAAGGCAUUGUUAGGUCGGCCAUUGAGGAUAAGCUAUGCUCUUGAAAAGGUUCGCGGUGGACCUGUUGUAGUCCCUCGCAUGUCAAAUGUUCGUGAUGCCACUGGUCAAAAUAAUUGAUUGAUAUACAGAUCUGUUUCUUUAUUUUUUGUUUUUUGUGUUUCUUAUCUAUAUCUCAUGGUGAAGAGUUCUGAACUACUCAUUUAUGUAAUAGUAACUAGAAAAAUAAGAGGUUACUUUUUUGUGACUCCACUGCCCAUGUAGAAAGGAAUGACCCUAAUUCCUGCCGCCGUACUAACAAGAAAAAAAAGAAUAUAUA